AUGCAUUCUGCUGAAUUUAUAGAGACUCAAGAUCCACCAGUCACUUCAAUUCUUGCUGGUGGUUAUAACCAUCCAUUGCUACGUGAAUGGCAAUCAGAAAGACAAUUGCAUAAAAAUAUGUUCAUUUACCCUUUAUUCGUUUCAGACAUUGAUGAUGAAGUUACUGCCAUUGAAUCUUUGCCAAAUAUUAAUCGUUACGGGUUAAAUACUUUGAAGCCAUACGUAGAAUCAUUGAUAAAGAAAGGGUUGCGUUCCGUCAUAUUGUUUGGUGUACCAUUAGCCCCAGGUAUCAAAGAUCCAAUUGGUACAGCUGCUGAUGAUCCAAAUGGUCCAGUCAUUCGUGCAAUUAGAAUGCUACGUGAAAGUUUCCCAUCCCUAUACGUCAUGACAGAUGUCUGUUUAUGUGAGUACACUUCACAUGGCCAUUGUGGUAUUUUAUUCCCAGAUGGUACAAUUGAUCGUAAACGUUCUGUGCAAAGAAUUGCUGCUGUAGCCACAAAUUAUGCUCGUGCUGGUGCUCAUUCAGUGGCUCCGAGUGAUAUGAUUGAUGGGCGUAUCUUUGCUAUAAAGCAAGCUUUAUUAAAGGAAAACUUGGCCCAUAAGACUUUUAUCAUGUCAUAUUCUGCUAAAUUUAGUGCUGAUUUAUAUGGUCCAUUCCGUGAUGCUGCAUGUAGUUCUCCAUCAAGUGGUGAUAGAAAAUGUUAUCAAUUACCAUCUUCCGCUAAAGGGUUGGCUCAUCGUGCAAUUGAAAGAGAUUUAACUGAAGGUGCCGAUGGUAUCAUUGUUAAACCUUCUACUUUUUACUUGGAUAUCAUUUCAGAUGCUUCAACUCAAUGUAAAGAUGUCCCGCUAUGUGCUUAUCAUGUUAGCGGUGAAUAUGCAAUGCUACAUGCAGCUGCUGAAAAGGGUGUGGUCCAAUUGAAACAAAUCGCUUUUGAAUCUCAUAUGGGGCUAUUAAGAGCUGGUGCCGGUUUAAUCAUUUCUUAUUUUACUCCAGAAUUUUUAGAUUGGUUGGAUGAUGAUGAACUUUAA